AUUUAGCGAUUAUGAAUAACUUCAGAUUUUUUUAAAAUUUAUUGGUUUAUUGUAGUUUUUUCCCACCCAAAAAAGAAAUGUACGCAGUUUGUAAGACAAUUCAUCCAUCCACUCAGGUGGAACAUUCCAUAUGUUGUCAUUUUUAUAAUUAUUCAGAAAAAAAUUUAAUUACCGCCGGUUUGAAUCAACUUAAAGUUUAUCGUCUGAUCAAUGUUCAAAUUGCAUCGAAAAAUGUUAAUGUUAAUGAUCCUAUCACCAGAAAUAUUCAUCAUUCUGAAGAUGAUGAUUUGUCCGAUAAUAUUAAACUCGAAUGUCUACAAACGUUUACGUUGAAUGCCAACAUUGAAUCAUUAAAUUCUGUUUCAUUUUUAGCCGCCAAUCGUGAUUGUCUUCUAUUAGCAUUUAAUGAUGCAAAACUUUCAGUGGUCGAAUAUGAUCCGAACACACAUGAUCUCAAAACUAUAUCGAUGCAUUAUUUUGAAGAUGAUGAUAUGAGAUCUGGUUAUACUACUCAUGUUCGACCUCCAUUGGUUCGUGUUGAUCCAGAAAAUCGAUGUGCUGCCAUGUUAGUGUAUAAUAAAAACAUCUUAAUCAUACCUUUUCGUAAGGAUGUAGUCGUCGAAGAUAAUCAAGAUUCAUUGUUUCUAUCAAGUCUGAACAGUCAAAAUACUCCAUCUAUGAACCAAAAAAAAUUACCAGUAUUACCAUCGUACAAAUUGAUAUUGAAUCCAGAACAAUAUGGAGUCAAUAUAACGAAUGUGCUUGACAUACAAUUUUUACAUAAUUAUUAUGAGCCAACACUGAUGAUACUUUAUGAACCGGUACAAACAUGGCCCGGUAGGAUAGCCGUCCGACAAGAUACCGUUUCGAUGAUCACUCUAUCAUUGGAUGUUCAUCAACGAGUUCAUCCUCAUAUAUGGUCUAUGAAUAAUCUUCCAUUUAAUACAUUCGCUGCCUUACCGAUUCCGAAACCAAUUGGCGGUGUGUUAAUAUCUGCCACAAAUGCUUUAAUACAUUUAAAUCAAGGUCUUCCACCUUACGGUAUAUCAUUGAAUGGCUUCAACGAUAGCAAUACUUCAUUUCCAUUGAAAACACAAGAUGAUGUCAUCAUUUCGUUAGACUGUUGUCAGGCUACAUUUAUUUCGAAUAAUAAAAUUUUGCUAAGCUUAAAAAAUGGAGAAUUAUAUGUUUUGAAACUUUAUAACGAUAUGACUAGAAGUGUUCGAACAUUCAAUUUCAUUCAUAUCGCAUCAUCCGUCAUAGCAACUUCUAUUGUAAAAUGUGAUGAAGGUUUUUAUUUUAUUGGAUCUCGUUUAAGCCAUUCAUUGCUUAUUCAAUAUGAUGAAAAAACAGAUAUGAAUAAUACGGAAAUAUCUUCUUCUACACGAUUUACUUAUCAGAAUGGUAAUAGUAAUGGAAAUUUAAUGAUCAUUCCUGAAUAUAAUGAAAAUAUUCAAUCUGAAGAUGAAUAUCUUUAUGGUGAUGAUUGGUGUAAUAAUCAACAAUCAAAAAGAUCUAAUUUAGAUGAUCGAUCAUUGGAAGAGUUUUUAGAUUCGAAUGAAAAACAUGAAGGAAAUGUUAACGAAGAACAAAGUAUGAAUUCAGAUAAGGAAGAGAUUGAAAAUAUAAAUGAUGAAAAUCCUACUCAAAGUUUAUUACGAAUUCAUCAUAAAUCAAUUGAACAACAUAAUUUAUCUUGUUCAUUAAAAUUAUGCGAUAUUAUCUAUAAUAUUGGUCCUUGUGGUAAUGUUUGUAUUGGUGAACCAAACAUGGCUUUGGAAAAUAUGGCCAGUCAGCAAGAUAUUCAUGUUGAAAUUGUUACCACUUCAGGUUAUUUUCAAACCGGUGGUGUUUCAGUACUACAACGUUCGAUCAAACCACAGAUUGAAACUAGUUUCAAAUUACCCGGAUGUUAUGAUUGUUGGACAGCAUAUAGUUCGAAUCUAUAUUAUUCGGAUAACGAUGCUAUGGUUCAUAAAUAUUUGAUUAUCACACAAGAAGAUUCUACAUUAGUUUUUCAAAUUGGUCAAGAAAUUAAUGAACUUGAUCAAAGUGGUUUCAUCACACAAAGUCCGACUAUUUUUGCCGGCAAUAUUGGUGAUAAUAAAUAUAUUCUACAAGUAUGUGCCCGAAGUGUUCGUUUGUUGGAUGGUACACGUGAGCUUCAACAUUUUCCCAUCGAUAUUGGAUCUCCAUUAGUUCAUGUUUCUACUGCAGAUCCUUAUGCUGUUAUUAUUUCGGAAAAAGGUUUGAUCAUUAUGUUGAGACUAAAAAUUGAUUUAGUAAAAAGUACCGCUCGUUUGGUUGUGCUUAAACCGGAUCUUUCAACAGCUAAAUCUCGUAUUGUUUCACAUUGUAUCUAUAAAGAUGUUAGCGGUUUAUUCACUACACAAACCAAAAUAACCGAAUCGAUAAAUUCGAAAAAAUCCACAAUCGUAAAACAAAAAAAUUCAGCUCCACCUUUGACCUCUACAAUUUCAACACUAUCAUCCGCAACAACAAUAGAUGAAGAAGAUGAACUAUUAUAUGGAAAUUCGAUGGCUAGUUUUUUAAAUAACAAUAACGAUUGUCAAAAUCAAAAUGAUCAACAUAUGAUGAAUGAUGAUAAUGAAGAAAAAUAUGAUGAUGAUGCCAAAAUUACGAUUAUAACAAAAACCGAACCUACAUAUUGGCUUUUUAUUGUACGAGAAAAUGGUGUUCUUGAAAUUUAUAAUCUUCCAGAAUUUAAAUUGGUUUAUUUGAUAAAAAAUUUUCCAUUAGGAUUACGCGUACUUGUAGACAGUAUUCAAACAACAGAUCAUUCAUAUCAAAAUCAAACCGAUAUGUUAACGAUGCCGAUUACCAAAGAAAUUCUUGUCUGUGGCCUUGGUCUACAAAAUAGUCAUCCAUAUUUGUUUGCUCGUUUUGAUGAAGAUUUUUUCAUUUAUGAAAUAUUUUCAUAUUAUGAAUCACAAGUUGAAAAUCAUUUAAAAAUACGAUUCAAAAAAAUUGGUUCUCAUCUUCAAUUUGUUAAAUUGCCAAAAUUUUAUGAAAAUAAUAAUGUUAACCAAAAUUAUUUGUACGAAAAUCGAUCAUGGCUACGAUCGUUUACCAAUAUCGGUGGAUUUUCGGGAGUUUUUCUUUGUGGUCCAUAUCCUUGUUGGUUUUUUAUGACUUAUCGUGGUGAAUUAAGAACGCAUAGUAUGGAAAUCGAUGGUGCAAUCAGUUCGUUUGCCAUGUUCAACAAUGUCAAUUGUCCAAAUGGUUAUCUGUAUUUCAAUGAUAACGAAGAAUUAAGAUUUUCAACGCUUGCAAAUCGUUAUGAAUUAGAUUCAUAUUGGCCUUACAAACAUAUUCCAAUCAAUCGUACUGUUCAUUAUGUAAAUUAUCAUCCAGAAAGUAAGACCUAUGCAAUUGUUACAAGUCGUUUAAUCGAUAUAACGAAAAUCGUUCGAAUUGGUGGCGAAGAGAAAGACUAUGAUUUUAUUGAAACCGAUUCUCGUUAUAUACAUUGUAAAACGGAACAAUUUGAACUUCAAUUAUUAUCACCAGUCAAUUGGACAAUCAUUCCGGGAACUUUAGUUCAAUUCGAUGAAUGGGAACAUAUAACUUCAUUGAAAACCGUAAUGUUAGCUUCCGAAGGUACUAGUUCAGGUCUUAAAGGAUACAUAGCUGUAAGCACAAAUUAUAGCUAUGGUGAAGAUGUGACCAAUCGUGGAAGAAUUUGGAUAUUUGACAUAAUUGAAGUUGUUCCAGAACCUGGAAAACCAUUGACCAAAAACAAAAUUAAGAUUGUCUAUUGUAAGGAACAAAAAGGUCCUGUUACUGUUAUCUGCCAGGUUUGUGGUUAUCUUUUAUCAGCUAUUGGACAAAAAAUUUACAUCUGGCAACUUAAAGAAUCACAAUUGAUUGGUAUUGCAUUCAUAGAUACACAGAUCUAUGUUCAUGCUGCAAUAUCGUUGAAAAAUUUGAUAUUGGUUAGUGAUGUUUAUAAAUCUAUUUCGUUGUUACGAUAUCAGGAAGAAACACGAACAUUAUCACUUGUUAGUCGUGAUCAUCGAUCAUUACAAGUGUAUGCAUGUGAAUAUUUGAUCGACAAUAGUCAAAUGUGUUUUGUAGUAUCAGAUGUAAACAAAAAUAUCAUAUUAUAUGCUUAUCAGCCUGAUCAAUUGGAAAGUAUUGGCGGUACACGUUUGAUUAGACGUGGUGAUUUUCAUCUUGGAUCAUUUAUCAAUUCAUUUUUUCGAAUUCGUUGUCGUAUACAAUCGAAAAAUAUUGAUAAUCGUUUAAAACAGACUUAUCUUCGACGACAUAUUACAACGUUUGCAACAUUAGAUGGUAGUAUUGGUUAUUUGCUACCGGUUCCUGAAAAAACCUAUAGACGUUUGUUGAUGUUACAAAAUUUACUUACUACUAAUAUUCAACAUAUUGCUGGCUUAAAUCCAAAAGCAUUCCGAAUGGUUAAGAUGAGAAAAAUGGAUCUUAUGAAUCCUAGCAAAAAUAUUCUCGAUGGUGAUCUUCUCUAUAAAUAUGUACACCUAUCUUUGAAUGAAAAAUUUGAGAUUGCCAAAAAGAUUGGUACCUCAGCCAAACAGGUCUGGGACAUUGGUGAUGAAGGCCAAUGGACGUGUACAUCUUCAUGGAAAACUCAUGCAGGAUCUGUAUGGAAAGUGACUUGGGCACAUCCUGAAUUCGGACAAAUACUUGCCACUUGUUCGUUUGAUAGAACUGCCAUUGUAUGGGAAGAGAUGGUUGCUGAUAAUAACACAAGUGAAAAAAACAACCAAUCUGUUUGGAUAAAGCGUCACAGUUUUGUCGAUAGCCGUACCUCUGUUACAGAUGUCAAGUUUGCACCGAAACAUUUUGGUCUUAUUCUUUCGACUUGUUCACUCGAUGGAAUCAUUCGAAUCUACGAAGCACCUGAUGUCAUGAACAUUACCCAAUGGUCUAUUCAAUAUGAAAUCAAUUGUAACAAAGCUUGUAGUUCUAUUUCUUGGAAUCCUUCGUUGUUUCGACAAAAUUUUCCAAUGAUAGCUGUUGGUAGCGACGAUAACAACGUACAAGGAUCAAAAAUUUUAUUCUAUGAAUUUAAUGAUCAGGCUCGUGAUUGGCAGCAAAUUGUUGAUAAAACAUUUAAAGAUGUUAACGAAUUAGUACAUGAUAUAGCGUUUGCACCGAAUGUUGGCCGUUCAUAUGAUCUUUUAGGAGCGGCUACAACUAAAGAUGUUAAAAUAAUUUCCAUAAGAUUGAUUGAAAAUGAAAAAGAUUCUACGGAACCUUUUUCGCAAACAUCAAGUGUGGCCAAUUCGAUCAACAAUCCACCGAUCGGCAGCAAACGUCGUUAUAAUAUCAAAGUGGUAGCUUCAUUUGAUGAUCAUGGCUCACAGGUAUGGAGAGUAUCGUGGAAUAUUACUGGUACUUUGAUGGCCUCAUCAGGUGAUGAUGGUGCCGUACGACUAUGGAAAGCUAAUUGUUUUGAAAAAUGGCAAAAUGUUGGCAUAUUGAAAGCCGAUCAAAAUACCAUACAUCCAAAUACGAUCACCGGUUUACGUGGUGUAAACAAUUUUACUGAAGAUCGUCAACAAGACGGUACAUCAUCAUCGGCUACAAAAUUUGUAUUCUCACAAUAAUUUUAAUCAAAUAAAAAUACGAAAAAUUUAUUAUUAUUACCAAAAUUUUUUUGGUAAGAAGGAAAAAAAAUGAUACUUUGGUUGAUUA